AUGUCAUACACGGAGUCAUUGUCGUCUGGACCCCCAUCACCAGCGAAGAAGCGAGUGGUGGGAAUUCAACUUGAGUCCAUGUUUCCAUAUCCGGAGCUUGACAGCGACUGCGUCAAUAAUGACGAUGGCGAUGCCUCGAAGCCAUCGUCUAUGCUCAGACAUUGUGAGCUCAUUGCUGCAAUCGACUCCGUUGUGUGGGGGACACCAGCUCUCGCAACAGAGCGAGCUCUCCUAGAGACGAAGGUGACGCCAGCUACCCAGGAGCUACUCCGAACAUAUCACCCAUCUCUCGCAGCAUGCAAAGAUGUCUGGCUUAUACAAGAGGAAAACGGAAACUGGAUGUGGGGAAUUUCGUCUGAACUCAACGGCCCUCGUCCGGUAGGCACCCAUGCAGGCGGCCUCGAGAUCCACUUGGUGGCACACGGUCUUGGUACAAAGACAACAACUUUCUUCCCUAAGUUCCAAUGGGAUCCAAUCCGCUAUCCAAUAAACCCAAAAAAGUUCCUUUCCCGGCAUCAACUUCGUCGCCUGCGGGACAUGUUUCCUACAGCAGUUGGGGUUAGGGUUUUGAUCAGUGGAUUCAUUGUGGUUUUGUUCACAAGCAUCAAGGCCAUUGAGAAGUCCUGGUAUGAGGAUGGGUUUGCAUCUGAAUUUGGCAACCUUAGACUUAGAUACGAUGUUUUUGAGGUGACACCAUCACACAGGGGUUUGCAUCGAGGUGCGGCAAUUGCUCCAAGCCCCGAAAGUCUUGAGACCCAUGCAUCGCUGGGACUCAAGCUUCGUUUCCCUGAAGGGCAGGAAGUAAUCACCGUUCCAACGCAUGCUUUUGUUGCUCUUCGCAGCACUCAGGGCCCCUCUUCUCGAUAUAUCGCCCACAUCUUCGGUCGCCUGGUGCAGAAACUCGCUCGGUAUCGUCCAAUCGGCAGGGGUGUACCGCUGCCAGCAAUUGGGUCACCGCGCCGUCGAUCAGAGAUCAAUUCGCCAAUUGGAAAGCAAGUUUUUCUCAAUGGUGAUUCUCAACAGAUUGGAACCAUAUCACACACCUAUGAUAGGAUUUCGGAUAAGCCCCUGCAAUUUCCAGCCGGAUUCCAACACGAUCUGUCCUUGGCUUCUGCGGAUUCGCAUUUUGUGAAGCUUCCGGAUCUCCAGGCUCCAGCUGGGAUGCCUCAUGUCGUUGGAUGGGGAGGCUACCAAGAUUUCUUGAAUGGAGGUGCAGUCUUUGUGACGGCGUUCAACGUACCUACAGGUAAUCUCAUCGUGCGAAGCGGUACUGGCAUUUCCGAACAGUCGCAGUUCGCGAUCUCUGAAGGCUCUCAGUACCUCUGGGAUCGAGCAGUGACUUCGCACAAUGUUUCUCUUCUUUGGCGGACCACGAACGACUGCGACUCUUUGAAAGGCCUCUCUGGAUCCGCCGUGUGCCUAGGAAAAAUCACAGACAAGACUUGCCUUGCUGUCUGUUUCCAGAAUUUCGAAAGUCCAGUAUGUUCCUCUGAACUACUGAAAGAUGAUCAUCGCCCGCUUCCGCCAGAAGACCACCGCUUGAGCCUCAAAGGGGGCUUCUUGCUUCCUCCAGAGGUUCGAAAAGCCGAAAUUGCCUGCCUGCCAGCGGAUAGCCCCUGUGAACAUGGGACAUAUCCCAGGAACUCCAUUCAUACCGAGGAGCUGUGGGGGUCUUCUCACUCCACCAAUUGA